AUGAUACAUAUUGAUACAUUUUACCACAAGUCCAGCAUCCACACACACGAAUACCUUCCUGAACAGCAGAUUCCUGCACUCACUCUACCAACACAAAGCACCACACACAUCAUUGAUCCAUGCAUCAAUAAUGAUUUAAACGGAGAAACAACUGAGCAUACAUCCAUAGAUAAUCUUCAUACCAUUGACUCUCAACAUCUUGUGUCUUUAAGAAGGUCCACAAUAGAGUAUAGAAAACAUGCAUAUCUCAAAGAUUUCCAAUGUAUGAGUGCUUCCAUAGCCCCACCAAGCAAAUGUACCCUCUUAUGUUAUAAUGCACUUUCAACAUCACAUAGAUUCUUCUCCCUGGCCAUUUCUAUUGACAAAGAACUGAGGUCUUAUGAGGAUGUCAUAGCUUAUGAUUGUUGGAGGAGUGCCAUCAAAGAAGAACUCGAUGCACUACAGCAACUACAGACUUGGGAAAUCCAAGCUCUUUCUUUUGGCAAGAAAGCCAUAGGGUGCAAAUGGGUGUUUAAGCUCAAACAAGCAUUGAAAGACAUAAGGCAAAGUGGAUACAGCCAAUCAAAGUCUGAUAACAACUUGUUUACCAAAUACAAGAGCAGUGGCUUUACUACACUACUGGUUUACAUAGAUGAUGUGACGUUGGCAGGGAAUGACAUUAGUGAAAUCAAUUUCAUUAAGGCACUGUUGCAUGAGAAGUUGUGCAUCAAGGGCAUUGGUGAUUUAAAGUUCUUCCUAGGGAUGGAAGUUGCUCGAAGCAGGGAAGGCAUUGCUUUAUACCAACGAAAGUAUGCUUUGGAUUUAUUACAAGAUUCUGGAAUGGAGCAGCACAAACCAGCUUCAACCCCAAUGGAUUAUGGCACUUAG